CAGAAAUGGACAGACAGAGAGAGAUCUGAUACAAGGCGCUUUGAGAAGGACUGGACGUCAAGAAAGAUAAGAAGAAGGUGUAUAUUUUAGCAGAUAUUUAUAACGAUGUGUACAUUUAUUUAUUACAACUUUAAUUUAACCUUUUGUACGUUAAUAAAAAAAAAAUGGAAAUAUUAUCUGUUCUGUGAUUUCUAAAAUUGCCUAGAUCAGAUGGAAGAUGUGUAAAUGCGAACAAUAAUCUGACUACUCUUAUGCGGAUUAUAAAAAAAAAACGUUAUGAUAUGCAACCUGAUUUUUGACAGACGUAACAAAACAUUUGAACAUAGAAAAUAAAUUCUAAAGUCCGAAAUAGUUAGUUCAUAGAAUUAUCUUUGCUAUUUAUUUUUAAAAAGUUUGAGUAGUCAUAUGAGGAGGCAAUAUGUUAUUAUUCUUCAAUGCCAAUGUGUUUUUAUAAUCUGUUAAAGGACCUAUCUUAUUAUGAAAGAUCAAAUUUCCCAAAAAGAAGAUUACAACAAUGUUGUUCUGUAAUAGGCUACAGUAUAAAUCGGCGGCCAGCGCAACAAGGAGGAAGGUUUUUUCUCUUAUCUUGUUCUUUCUUCCUUUAUUUUAUUUUUUUUUCAUAAAAAGUGACAUCAGACAUACCACCACACCCAUUCCUUUAAAUUAGCUAUUUGUUUAUUUUUUGUCUCAUCAGAAAAGCAGGCUCCUGCGAAAUCCACAUGUUCCACCCUUCGUGUCUGUCUGCCCUCAGUGUCACCAGACUGCUCUCUCCUUACUCACCUCCGUUGUCCCGCUCCAACCAUGUACGCGAUAGCCCCCAUUCUCCUCUUUCUUUCAGGGCUGAUGCUGGUCUGGCCCUCGGCUCUCUCUGACACUGGAGCCAGAGAGCACACGGCGGGCAGUGUCUCUGCGUAUAACGUGAAAGGAAAUGGCGAAAAUGUUAAACUGUUAUACCGUUCAGAGAUGGGGCAACAGCGCCGUCGUGUGGAGAGGUCGCCAAUCGAGAGCUGCGGCUCCGACCACCAGAACUACUGCUUCAACCACGGCAAGUGUAUGCUGCUGGUGGACAUGAAUGAACAUCAUUGCAAGUGUGAGAGAGGCUACUAUGGCCACAGGUGUGCGCAGAUGGAACUGGUCUUCCAGCCAAUGAAGGAGGAGCAGUGGGUGCUUGUCGCGGUGUGUGUGGUUAUGCUGCUCAUAGGGCUGACGGGAGCGCUUUACUUCUUCUUCAAAUGGUACAGGAGAAACAAAUGCCCACUGCCAAAGAAGAGAGCGGGAUACAUGGGAGUGGAAAGGGCCUAGCGUGUGUGUGUGUGUGUGUGUGUGUGUGUAUGUAUGUGUGAGUGUGCAUGAGGAAGGGCGGGCAUGUGUGUGACAAAUGCUUGAAUGUUGAAUCUUAUCUGCACUUUGUAGCAUUUAUUUCAGCAUAUUGAAAUACUUCUCAAAAUAUAUUCGCGUUUCAUUUUCAGGUGUCUUUUAUAUAUAUUACUUGUAUUUUUCUAUUUUUGAUAUCAAGUAUUUUGCAUAAACAUGUGUUACAAUUAUAAACUUGUAUUUAUGAUUGAUAGUCAUUACGCAUUGAAGUGUUUCCAUCUAUAUUCCCACGAUUUCAUCAUUUUUGCAUUUGUUUUCAUUUUGAAUGUUAUACUAGAUUAUUCAUGCUAAUAAUAAUAAAUACGCCUAUAAACUAGAAUAAAACUAAACUUUGCGCUCAGCAUGAUUCCUGUCCUUAUUACGCAACGCUCAAAUGUAUCAUGUUCUGAAGGACCCAUGAAGAACUCCAGUCAUUGUCACUUAUUGGUAACUUCACUGU